CCUGCCUGUGAUGAAGCUUGAUGAACCACAGUUCAUUAUGAAUGCCACCUGUCCAUCACCCGUCUACGUAGGUCAAAGAUUUGAUGUGAAGUACACCCUAGUGAACAACCUGCAGGACUUUCUGACCAUCAAGCUGGUGUGGAGUCCUGAGAAGGCACUUCAGGACCAGAAAGAUAAGACAGAGGCAAGUAUCAGGUCUGCCAGAAGUGUGAUGGACUCUGUAGUCUGCCAUACUCCAAGCUACAACCUGGGUUUCUGCAAGUGUGGGUCGACUGUCUCCUUCACUGUCCCCUUCCAAGUGCUGAGACCAGGGCUCUUUGAGGUCGGCCAACACAUGAAACUGAAGCUCCAGUUCAACACCAUCACCCCAAACUUUCCCCACAGCCACAGCGGCAGCUCCGACGGCAAGUCCACCCCCGGGUCCUCCUUCAGCCGAACCAACAGCCCCAACUUCACCCCGGACAAAAAACAGGGCAUGGCCGCCAAGUCAUACUCUUUUACGGACUCAACCUCGGCUGCUAUAGUGAAAACACAGUAUUACCCUGCUGGUGUGAGACAAACGAACAGCCCGACCCACUCGCAGGACUCGCGCACCAGCUCCCCCUCCCGCUCUGCGCCGGCCUUCCUGGCCCAGCCGCCCGCACCGGUCCUCUCGCUGGACAAGAUCAUGAAGCACAACUGCAAGGUCUACGUCAUGGAACCCAACACUUGAGAUUGUUUUCAACUAAUGCUGCCAUCACAUUUUCCAAACGGGGGGCCUAGCAGCAUGUUUGUGGAAACGGAAAAUAACCAAAAGU